AUGUCAAGGCCUCCAUUUUGGUGGCAAAGUCUAGAUGAUCAAGUGGAAUGUGCCAUUACCCUGGAGCCAGUCAAUUCGCUGCCGUAUCCUCCCUUUAUUUUGAAGAGCAGCAAUGACACGCAUCAUGACUACUUUGACGGAAGAGCUUUGGCGUCGUAUAUUGUAUCACGGGGCAUAUUUCAAAAUCCCCUGACAAGGACCAAGCUGUCCUAUGACGAUUGCAAACGAUUGGACGAGUAUUUGGAUCAAUAUGGUCAUCCUACUGAUGGUACUGGACAACAGCAACAACAACACAGAUUCGGAGUGCUCGAAGCAUUUGCUCUCAGAGAAUCCGUCCAAGUACGAUCCCAUAGUACUAGUAAUGGCAGUCAUAAUCACAAUCCAGCACUGGAAGAAUCCCGACAACGACGGUCCGAUUUUUUGCGCAGUGAAGCCACGGCUGCCUUGUCGGGUCUAUUUGUCUAUCCAACACAGCAACGACAACGCAAUCAGAGACUACAACAAGCACAAACACAACUGAGUACUACUACUACUAGUAGAAAUAAUAAUGAUGAUUCACGUUCGACGACGUUGGGCUUUGAUUUGAAUCGAUCUAAUCCUGCGACAACACAAGAUACGGAAGAGGAUGACGGCUAUGGAAUGGUGGUCAUUGACGACGAUGAUGCCGUACGGGUUGAAUCCGAACAACGAGAAUACCAGCAAUUGCAAGAUGCCUUUCCGCGGCUCUCCACACAAUCGUCGGACGAACAACAACACAAUACUAACAACCAGCAGGAUCCCACCAAUGAACGAGUCCUGGCACAGAUUCGUCAACAAGCCAAGGAGGCUGAGAUGCAAGAAUUGGUGAGACGGCAGGCUCUGGCAUAUGCCAAACACCAGCUCGAACUGGAAGCACGACAACGCAAGCAACAACGACAACACGACAAGGAACAGGCACGUAUCCAGGCAUCGCAGUGGCACCAAAAACAACAAGAGGAACAGGCCGAAAUGGCUCGUGCCAGAGCCGAAAUUGAACAAUGGCGCAAUGCGCAAUGGGAACGAUUGCAACAGCGAGCUCAAAAAGAACAGGAUGCGCAACGAGAAAGACAAAUCAAACAAGCAGCAACACAAAAGCAGCAAAUAGAUGCACAACAACAGGCAGCCGCACAAGAACGAAUGCAAGAAGAAGAAACCAAAACCAAAGAGGAAGAGUUGGAAAAAGAAGCCAAACAAAAAGCGGCCAAGGCGGCCAAACGAAAACGUGCCAAGGAACGAAAAAAGGCUCAAAAAGCACAAGAACAAGAGGAACAAUCCUUGCGAGAAAAGGAAGCCACGUUAAAAGCGCAAAAGGAAGCCAGUGCUGCCAAGUGUGCCCAUUGCGCCGGUGGAAUUCUGGGGUCUGGGUUUGACAAGUUUGGGCAUUCAUUUUGUUCCCCAAAGUGUGCUCGGGCAGGACCUGUUGCUUGA